AUGACAUCAGAGAAAAAUAUUUUAAAUUGCAAAAUAGCAGAAGAACUGCAUGGUGAUGUGUAUCUCAUAACUCUUUAUUCUAUUAAAAUAUUUCUAUGUAUAAUUAGCAUAAUUAGUUUGAGUUUGUUAAUAUUGUUCAAGUUUAAGAAAUUGUCUUGGAUAGGCCACAUCAAUGGAAAAUUGUUAUUCAUAUCUCAUAUUGUUUGGAGUCUUUUAUUGCCCAUUUCUGUGAUUAUUUGUUAUUCUUAUGAUUUACACAGACAUUUGACAGUUGUAUCAAAUUAUUGUGAUCUCUUAGUACCAAUGAGAUUUUCAACUCAGCUUAAACUUCCUUUCGUAACUGCCUUGACUGGGCAGAUUCUUUCAAUGUUAUCUUUAGCCAUUGAACGAGCAUUCUCGAUAUUUGAACCCUCGAAAUAUGAGCAAAUCACGAAACCAUACUUAGCAAUUAUAUUAAUUAUAUCAACGAUGGUGCUAUCAUGUUACUUGACAUAUGGCUUUUUAUAUUUUAGUUACAAGGAUCUGAAUGCUCUGACUCCUCUGAUCAGUACACGAUCAUCUGAAUCACUGUUUCGAUCUGCUAUUGUUUCAUGGUUCAAUUGUGCAUCAGAGAUUAUAUUCAUUGUUAUAUUCAUUCUAUCCUUAUAUAAAUCCUAUAGAGAUAAAAAAUAUUUCAUGAGACAUGGCGCUCAAUUGGGAUCCAAAUACCAGGUGGAAGAGACUCGACAAGUUAUUCAUAAACUUCUUCCUAUGUGUUUUUUACAUUUCAUUAUAUCAUUCAGUAACCAUUUCUUCUUGGCGAUUUAUCCAUGGCUGUACCCUAAUGCUAAUCUGGGAAAGUAUGCCAUUUAUAUUGAAGUCAUUAGUCAGAGUCAUCUAUAUUCCUUAUUCUUGCCCUUUAUACUUCUCUAUCAGCUUAAAUCACAUCAUCGAAUUCGACAGAACGUUGUUGUUGCCCAUCCGAGACAAGAUGAUUACUUCUAUUCGUUAAAAACCUAUUUUGAUCAGAAUUAUAAAAAAUGA